AUGGCUGCCAGUCUCGCAUGGCUGCUCAUGGCCGCCUCGCUCCCGCUCGCGGCAAGCCUCACCGCCGCGUCGCGGUCGACGCCGGCCAAGAAGAGCAUGGUGGCCACGGUGCUGAAGCACACCCAGGCACCACCAGUGGACGUGAUGCUGGCCCACCAGAUCCGAAUGCUCAGCGCCUCGCGCAAAAACGUGGCACAGGUGGCGGUCAUCAACGCAAAGGUGCCCGGGGUGGACAAUCCCCUGGGUACGGCCCACGACCCUAUUAUCGGGCAGAUGCGUCGCAGCUACGGCACCACAGGCUCCGUGCAGGUUGUCGAGCUCGAGACGAACGAUACCAGGCAGCAGGAGUUGAUGCAGAAGGUGUUCUCUGUGCGCCAGGGCAGCACCGCAGCUUUCGCGAAGAAGUUCUUCAAGCAGAACCUCACGUCUACUGACAUGAAGCGCCAAAUGGCUUACUUCAACGCGAUGAUGCAGUUCAUCGACCUCUGCAGCCAGGCGGAGUACGGCGUGGAGAUCUGCGUCAACAUGCAGGGGGAGUCCUUCCUGCACAGGAAGGACAAGAAGGGCUUGAUCGAGUUGGCCAGCGAGCUGUUCGACGGCGACGAGGAGGUGAUCGCACUGCAGCCCCCGUCGUACUGCGACUACACGCAGGCCCACCACAGGCCGGCGUGGGCAAAGAAGGAGAAGUGGACCGACAGCAGCUUCACGAAGUGCGUCGCUAACGCGACCAAGGCAAAGCCAGAGGCCGGCCCCGCCAACAUGUUCUUUAACCGACAGCGGUUAAUGGCGGCGCUGCCGCUGAGCGUGAACGCGGACGACCUGGCCCUCGACAAGGGCUUCGACCACGCCUUUGCGGCAGGGCUGUCGGGCCCCGGAGCGAUCAAGGGCAUGCAGUGUGGUCACUCCUUCGUCAUCAUGCCCGCUGGCGAGGAGGCCAAGUGCAAGUUCAAGGGCAACAAGAAGUUGCCCCUCCGGGGUCAGGCGCUCGAGGCUGGCAAGCAGAAGGGGAAGGAGGCCGGCGAGCGUCAGGAGCUCGACGCCCUCUCCGGAGAGUACGGCUCCUUUAACCAGAGGCUCGUGCAGGGGAUCGAGAUCCUGGCGGACCGCAUGGAAAGGGGGAUGCUUCCCGCCCCGAGCGGGAACGUGGGAGACAAGUGCCUGGAGAUGUGCCCGUCCGCCGACCGCAUCAGGGAGGGCAUGGCGUGGUGA